UGCCUGACGUCUGUGCUGGGCUCGGAAGAUGGCUGCGGAGCCGAGCAACGGGCAGCGGCUGCGGCGGCGGCGGCGGGCGGGGAGCUCAGCUGGCGAGGUCUCCGCCUUGCGCGUGGGGCGCUGAGCCGAGAGGCGUGGAGGCGGCGAGGGUGCGUGGGGGGCUUAGGGGGCCGCUCGGCGCAGCCUCUCCGCCACCCGCAGCACCAUGGGCAGCGCGGAUCACGCAGUCAAAGAGAAACUGCUGUGGAACGUGAAAAAGGAGGUGAAGCAAAUCAUGGAGGAGGCCGUCACCAGGAAGUUUGUGCAUGAAGACAGCAGCCACAUCAUUGCUCUGUGUGGUGCGGUGGAGGCUUGCCUCCUGCAUCAGCUGAGACGCCGUGCCGCCGGCUUCCUACGCAGUGACAAGGUGGCUGCUCUGUUCACCAAGGUGGGGAAGACGUGCCCAGUGGCUGGGGAGAUUUGCCACAAGGUACAAGAGCUGCAGCAACAAGUAGAGGGCAGGAAACCCUUGGCGAGUAACCAGGAAGCCCUGCGGAGACAGGGCUCUGCUGGUGGGAAGGCCCCAGCCCUCAGCCCACAAGCCUUGAAACACAUAUGGGUACGCACAGCGCUCAUCGAGAAGGUGCUGGACAGGGUCGUGCAGUACCUGGUGGAGAACUGCAGCAAGUACUAUGAGAAGGACGCGUUACUGGCAGACCCUGUGUUUGGUCCCAUCUUGGCCUGUCUUCUAGUGGGACCCUGUGCCUUGGAGUACACCAAGCUCAAGACAGCUGAUCACUACUGGACUGACCCUUCUGCUGAUGAGCUUGUCCAGAGACACCGUAUCCGGGGUCCCUUUAAUCGCCAGGACUCCCCUGCGAAGCGCCCAGCCCUAGGAAUCCGGAAGCGGCACUCGAGCGGCAGCACCUCGGAGGACAGGCUAGCUGCCUGCGCCCGCGAGUACGUGGAGUCCCUGCACCAGAACUCGAGGACGCGGCUGCUCUACGGCAAGAACAACGUGCUGGUGCAGCCGAAGGAGGACAUGGAGGCUGUCCCUGGCUACCUCUCCCUGCACCAGUCUGCAGAGAGCCUGACUCUGAAGUGGACUCCCAACCAGCUCAUGAACGGGACUCUGGGGGACUCUGAGCUGGAAAAGAGCGUUUACUGGGACUAUGCCCUGGUUGUGCCCUUCAGUCAGAUUGUCUGCAUCCACUGCCACCAGCAGAAGAACGGUGGCACACUCGUGCUGGUGAGCCAGGAUGGCAUCCAGAGGCCGCCGCUGCACUUCCCACAGGGGGGACACCUGCUGUCCUUUUUGUCCUGCCUGGAGAACGGACUUCUGCCUCGAGGACAGCUAGAGCCCCCGCUCUGGACCCAGCAGGGGAAGGGGAAGGUGUUCCCCAAGCUACGGAAACGCGGCAGCAUGCGACCCGUGGAUGUGGAGGAGAUGGGCACAGGGUGGGCCACGGACUACGUGUUCCGGAUUGUUUACCCUGGUCACAGACACGAGCACAUCACUAUUAACUACCACCACCUAGCGGCCAGCCGCGCGGCCUCGGUGGACGAUGAUGAGGAAGAGGAGGAUAAACUACACGCGAUGCUCUCAAUGAUCUGCUCGCGGAACCUCACAGCUCCCAAUCCGAUGAAAGAUGCUGGUGACAUGAUCGAGAUGCAGGGCUUCGGGCCCAGCCUGCCGGCCUGGCACCGAGAGCCCCUGUGCAGCCAGGGCUCUCCCUGCCUCUCCUGCUCCACCGGCAGCUCCCCAUAUGCAACUCCCAAGCACUGCACCUGUGUCCCCGACCGGUUGCCCCUCAGGCUGCUGUGUGAGAGCAUGAAGAGGCAGAUCGUGUCUCGGGCCUUCUACGGCUGGCUGGCACACUGCCGCCACCUGUCCACGGUGCGGACCCACCUGUCGGCACUGGUGCACCACAACAUCAUCCCACCCGCCCGGCCCCCCGGGGCCUCAGGGGGCCUCACCAAGGACGUGUGGAGCAAGUACCAGAAGGAUGAAAAGAACUACAAGGAACUGGAGCUGCUGCGGCAAGUUUACUACGGAGGCGUGGAACACGAGAUCCGCAAGGACGUCUGGCCCUUUCUGCUUGGCCACUACAAGUUUGGCAUGAGCAAGAAGGAGAUGGAGCAGGUGGACACAGUGGUGGCAGCAAGGUACCAGCGGGUACUGGCGGAGUGGAAGGCCUGUGAGGCGGUGGUGCGGCAGCGGGAGCGGGAGGCUCACCCAGCCACGCUCACCAAGUUCUCCUCGGGCAGCAGCAUCGACAGCCACGUGCAGCGCCUCAUCCACCGAGAUUCCACCAUUAGCAAUGACGUGUUUAUCUCUGUGGAUGACCUGGAGCCCCCAAAGCCCCCAGGCACUGAAGAUCCCAGAGUGGAGCCCGAGGGGGAUGCAGGCGCAGGGCCCCCAGGCACUGCCGCGGUGGAGCAGCAGCAGUCAGUGGAGUUUGAUUCUCCGGACUCGGGACUGCCUUCCUCUCGAAACUACUCCGUGGCCUCAGGCAUCCAGUCGAGCAUAGACGAGGGGCCAAGUGUGGGCUUCGAGGAGGAGGACUGCGGUGGGGAGGAAGGCUCUGAUGGGCCAGUACCUUCAGUCCACACUUUCUCUGAGUCCCAAGAUUCCAGCCAAGAGAAGGCUUCGGAGGCAGGGGAGGAGCUGGCAGCCGUGUGCACCUCCUCCUACACUAUAGAACUACUAGACACUGUGGCCUUAAACCUGCACCGAAUUGACAAGGACGUGCAGCGAUGCGACCGCAACUACUGGUACUUCACCCCCCCCAACCUGGAGCGGCUCCGAGACGUCAUGUGCAGCUACGUGUGGGAGCACCUGGACAUGGGCUAUGUGCAGGGCAUGUGUGAUCUGUUGGCACCGCUCCUGGUCAUCCUCGAUAACGAUCAGCUGGCCUACAGCUGUUUCAGCCACUUUAUGAAGAGGAUGAGCCAGAACUUCCCAAGUGGGGGCGCCAUGGACACCCACUUCGCUAACAUGCGCUCCCUCAUCCAGAUCCUGGACUCAGAGCUGUUUGAACUGAUGCACCAGAACGGAGACUACACCCACUUCUACUUCUGUUACCGCUGGUUCCUGCUGGAUUUUAAGAGAGAGCUGCCGUAUGAAGACGUGUUCGCCGUGUGGGAGGUGAUCUGGGCGGCCCGGCACAUCUCCUCGGAGCACUUCGUCCUCUUCAUCGCCCUGGCCCUGGUGGAGGCCUACCGUGAGAUCAUCCGUGACAACAACAUGGACUUCACCGACAUCAUCAAGUUCUUCAAUGAGCGAGCUGAGCGUCACGAUGCCCAGGAGAUCCUGCAGAUCGCCCGGGACCUUGUCCACAAGGUGCAGAUGCUCAUAGAGAACAAGUGAGGACCGCCACCCAAGGCAGCAGCCAGCCAGAGCCUGGGUCCUGGGUGCCCUGGGCCCCGCAGGGAGAGGUGUGGGGCAGCACAGCAGAGACCGCCCCGACUCUCAGCCAGCCCUGCCUGCCCAGCUGUGUUUCUAACAAAGUGCUUGUGAGCCUGGGAUCUGACUCCGGGCAGUUCUGGCCCUGCAGAGCAAGUCACUUUGCUCUAGUCACUUUGUCACUAGGCCAGGGAGGGAAGGGGCGGCCUCAGGGAGCAGCUGACUUGGGGAAUACCUACUCUGUUCCCUUCUCAAACACCUGGAAAUAGCCCCACUGCCACCAGCAUCCUCGGGCUGGACUGCUCCCAUGUCUUCUCCUGGGUCAGCCUGGGGCCCUCCGGAGUGAUCAGGGCUGUAGUUGCCUGGGCCCCUCUGGUGAGGGUCACGUGAAGCAAGGGGCCUCUGAUGUAUUUCUUCUGAGAGUCCCUUUGCAGGCCUAGUGGUUGUGUGCACACCAACCCCAGCUGGGCGUGUUUCCUGGGCUGCCUUCCGGGCCCUCCCAUGAGACUGAGGGGUAGUCAGGAGCUGGGCCCUGGGUGGGAGCAGCCCACCUCAGUGGCACUACCGCUGUCUAUGGCCUCCUGAGGCGACCCCACGCACUCCCCCAGCCUGUACAGCAGGCCUGUGUGUAUCUGUACGAUCCCACUCUUGCCGCCUUGUCUUGCUUCACACGUUAGAUCCAUCCCAGAAAGCUGUGUGGGUGAUACUUUGCCAGCUGAAUGUGGUUGGAGCACUUCCUCUAGAGAGAAGUCCCAGGGCGAUUCUUUUGGGAGGUGAUCCUGUCACAGCCUCCUCUCAAAGGUGACCCCCAAACUUGGAGGCAGCCCAUUUUCCCGGGCACCUGCUGAGUCCCUGGAGGUUGGAGGGAAGAGGUGCCUGGGUCCCCCUUGUUUGUUGCUGCUGAGAAGCAAGGCUAGCUCUGCCUUCCACAGGCUUCUUGGGAUGUUGAGAGGCAUAUGGACCCAGAGCCCCCCUUGGAAGAUUCUCACUCACUGGGGGGCGGGGGCAUGUCAUGCUGCUUGCUCUGUCAUCCCCUCCCCACCCCCAACACAUGCAGGCUAGCUAGGCCUUGCCCCAGGGCUGGGGCCUGCCCUUAGUCUGCCCCCAGACUAAGCUCUGGAGACUUCCUACACUUGAGAAACACAAAAAGGGCCCAGAAUUCCUGCAUCUGGCUGGCACAGCCUCCCCCCACACCCCUGCCCUGGGCACUGCACGGCCUGUUUGGGGGCUAGCCCACCCCAUUGUCCACCCGUGUCCGUGAGUCCUUGGCCUCCCCCAAACUCGGUGGCCAUUAUGUGCCUGCCUUAGUGACUCAGUGGUUUUGUGGGGAACAGAGUCUGUAUGUAUUUUGGCUCAAAAACUGCUCUUCAGUGUGACAAACCAAUAAACACAGCA